GAGGAGAUGAUGAUGAUGAUGGGUGGUGAGACAUGGGCUGGAUUAGGAUCAAUAGUUGCAGGAAUCAUGUUCAUGUCAGCCAUGUUUCAACAGUACUUCCCUAGACAUCUCCGUGAUCUGUUACAGAUAUACUUUUUCCAGCUUAUGAAUAUGGUGAAUCCAUACAUGCAAAUCAGCUUCCACGAACAAAGCGGCGGUCGUUUUAGCCGGAACGAGGCUUACACCUCCAUCGAAGCCUACCUCAGUACCCAUUCUUCCACACAAGCCAAGCGACUCAAAGCCGAUAUCACCACCAACUCUGCAAAAUUGGUUCUCAAUCUCGACAACCACGAGGAAGUCACCGAUCAAUUUCAAGGAGUCAAGUUCUGGUGGAAAUCCCAUGUCUCCACCACCAACCGUCAAAACCCUUUCUACGGCGAUAAUCACUCCGAGGAAAAGCGUUCUUUCAGGCUUUCUUUUCACAAGCGCCACCGAGAUCUCGUCAUUAAUUCUUACCUCCGCCAUGUGCUCGAGGAAGGGAAGGAUGUGGUGGUGCGCAACCGCCAGCGGCGGCUCUACACUAACAACUCCGGCCAUAGCUGGAGGGGUAGUGGUUCCUGGACCCACGUGGCUUUCCAGCACCGGGCCACCUUCCAGAAUCUAGCUAUGGGCCCAUUGAAGAAAAAGCAAAUAGAAGAUGAUCUUCUCACUUUCUGUAACAGCAAAGAUUACUACGCCAAGAUCGGCAAAGCUUGGAAGAGGGGUUACUUAUUGUACGGCCCUCCAGGUACCGGAAAGACCACCAUGAUCGCCGCCAUGGCAAAUCUGUUGAACUAUGAUAUCUAUGACCUCGAACUCACCGCCGUGAAGAACAAUACGGAGCUGCGAAAGCUCUUAAUCGAGACCUCCGGCAAGUCCGUCAUCGUCAUCGAAGAUAUCGAUUGCUCGCUCGAUCUCACCGGCAAGAGGAAGAAGGAGAAGGAAAAGGAGAAGAAAGAUGAAAAUGACCCAAAUCGAAACCUCCCAAAACCUAAAGAAGAGGGUAAUGACAAGAACAACACCAGCGAUAUAACUCUCUCGGGGCUUCUCAACUUCAUAGAUGGGCUUUGGUCUUCCUGUGGUGAGGAACGAAUCAUCGUUUUCACCACAAACCAUGUGGAGAAACUGGACCCUGCACUCAUACGGAGUGGUCGAAUGGAUAUGCAUAUUGAGCUGUCUUACUGUUGCUUUGAAGGGUUUAAGGUACUUGCAGAGAAUUACUUGGACAUUAAAUCACAUAGUUUGUUCGAUAGGAUUCGUGGGUUGUUGGAAGAAACCCAGAUGAGCCCUGCUGAUGUUGCAGAGAAUUUGAUGCCCAAAACCAUAAAGGGAGAAGCAAAAACUUCCCUGGAGAACUUAAUUAGAGCUCUUGAGAUGGCUAAGGAAAAGGGUAAAUCUUCUACCAAGGAUACCGAAGAAGAAGAAGAGAAGGUGAUAACAGAGAAAGAAGAGAAGGAGAAGUCGGUCUCAGGCAACAAGAAGCAGAUGAAACUGAUGAACAAGGACAAGUCUCUGUUUUACUGGUACCGCCGGGCUUCUUCCAAAAAGAGGGGCAAAGUGGCGAACCAAUCAGUGCCAGAAAACUCUUAG